AGUAGCUGGGACUAUAGGUGCAUGCCACCACACCCGGCUGAUUUUUUUUAUUUUAGUAGAGACGGGGUUUCACCAUGUUAACCAGGAUGGUCUCGAUCUCCUUACCUCGUGAUCCACCCGCCUCGGCCUCCCAAAGUGUUGGGAUUACAGGCGUGAGCCACCGCGCCUGGCUUUUUGUUUUUUUUUUUUUUGAGACGGAGUCUCACUCUGUCGCCUGGGCUGGAGUGCAGUGGCACGAUCUUGGCUCACUGCAACCUCCACCUCCCGGGUUCAAGCGAUUCUCCUGCCUCAGGCUCCCGAGUAGCUGGGGUUACAGGUGCCCGCCACUACACCCAGCUAAUUUUUUGUAUUUUUAGUAGAGACGGAGUUUCACCAACAAGGCUGGUCUCGAACUCCUACCCUUGUGAUUCGACCGCCUGGGCCUCCCACAGUGCUGGGAUUACAGGCGUGAGCCACCGCACCCUGCCAGUUCUAUGACACCUUAUCACCUGUGUAGAUUCUUGUAACCACCACCACAAUCAGGAUACAGAAUUAUCCAUCAACACAAAGAUCUCUCUUAUGUACCCUUUACAGGUACACUUCUAUCUCCCCAUCAACCCUAACACUAGACAAUCAGAAAUCUCUUCUCCAUCUCUAUAAUUUUGUGAUUUUGAGAAUGUUACUUAAAUGAAAUCAUACAGUAUGCAACCUUUCAUCAGGCCCAGUAGAUAUUGCAAGAUUCCUCUUGUAAGAAACCAUCUCCUUUCCCCACGCAGUUUCUUAACUUUCCAUAAUGUUUCUUUUUUGCGGGGAGUGGGGAGUCGGAGUUUCACUCUUGUUGCCCAGGCUGGAGUGCAAUGGUGUGAUCUUGGCUCACUGCAACCUCUGCCUCCCGGGUUCAAGUGAUUCUCCUGCCUUAGCCUCCUGCUUAGCCUCCUGAGUAGCUGGGAUUACAAGCACCCGCCACCACACCGGGCUACUUUUUUGUAUUUUUAGUAGAGAUGGGGUUUCACCAAGUUGGCCAGGCUGGUCUCGAACUCCUGACCUCAGGUGAUCCACCCACCUCAGCCUCCCAAAGUGCUGGGAUUACAGGCGUGAGCCACUGCACCUGGCCAAUGUUGACUAUAUUUUCAAAGGCAAAAACCAAGGCAAGAUAUGUCCAUCUGUACAAGAGUAUCAUAGCAGCAUUAUUGCAUAAUAGGCAAAAACUGGAAACAAUCCAAACAUCCAUCAACAGGAGAAUGGAUAGAUGAAUUGUGGCAUACUCAUACAAUCAAACACUAGACAGCAAUAAAACAGAAGGAAUAACAGAUGCACACAACAAUAUGGAGGAAAUCUUACAGGUACAUUGAGCUAAAGAAGUCAGGCACAAAAUAGAAAAUAAUGUAUAAUUCCAUUUACACUAAGUUCAAGAACAAGGAAAACUAAUUGAUGGUGAUAGAGGUCAGAAUAGUGGUUAACUUCGAGAGGGGGUAUUGAUGGAGAAGGAACACAAGAUCACUUUUUGGGGUGCAGGAAGUAUUUUAUAUCUUGAUCUGGAUGGCGGUUAUACAAAUGUACAUAUAUAUACAUAUAUAUUUAAUUAAGCUUAACAUUCGUGUAUUUUAUGCACUUUAUGAAUGUUAUACCCCAAUCUUUAAAAAUCAGGGCACAAGUUUGGCAAAGAUGAGUCUUCAAAGCAGUAGAAAGGUCAAUUGUUUAAAAUUAGGAUGGUCUUGGACAAUUAGGGAAGCUUAUGAUGACCACACAUAAAAUGUCUAGCCCCCCUUUUCCAAUGGGCAAUGUGCCCUUGCGUCAUUAAUUUACAUCUUGUAAAUUUAUUUUACCAGGAAAUUGUGUGACAAAUCAAGGCACUGAGUAUUGUUUCCUUGUUUCCUUCUUUUUAGUGGGGAAUGAGUGCAUGGUGCAGUUUGAAGAACACAUUAAGUCUUGAAAGUUGGAAAGUUCACCAGUACCGUUCUUUUCCUCACCCAAUAUUAGCCCUGGUGGUAGCCGAAAUUGCUUUUAUUAAUCUCUUUGUGGCUCAGGACCUCUAACUGUUGAAGAAAACAUAUUUUACACGUCUUGUCUUUCUGCGAGCAGGAAGCCUAUCUCGCUUAUCUUUGCAACCCCAGACGGGGCUUAGUGUGACCUACACACAGCAGUAAUCGCACAACGUCCCGUGGAGCACUGCUUCUCAAAUUUGGCUGUACAUACGAAUCACCUGGGGAAUUUUAAAUUGUAUUGCUCCCUGAGGAAUUUUAAACUGUACUCCCAGAGAUUCUGAUUUAAUUGAAAUGAGGUGAGUCCUGGGCACUGGGAUGUUUAAAAACGUUCCAGGUGAUUUUAACGCGAAACAAAAACAGAACCGCUGUUUGGGGGCGUUCUUCCUUCUCCACGCCUGAUUUGCGCUCAGGAGUCGGCUGUCUGGAACCGGGGUGAGGUUCACAGGUGUCUGUCGCCACGCCUCUUCCUACAGAACCAAUAAACUGAAGCCGCUCGGUGACAUCCCAAAGGACUUGAAUUCUGAUCGGGCUGCAGACGCUCUGCACCCCGCCCAAGCCUCUAUGGUACUUUGGUGUCCUCUCUAGCACUGGCAAGUCGCCUUCCUCUUCGCCCGGCGCCAGCCGCUCCCUCUCUAUGAUCGCCGAGUUCCCGGCGCCGUCUCGUUGGUAUUUAAUUCCGGAAGCGAGUUUGAAUCAAAGAAGAGGCGGGACUUUCCUCCCGGAAGUAACCCACGUGCUUCCGCUGGAGCCUCUCGAGAGGCGGGUAAUGUUAUAGUAUUUGUCAGAAGUUGGGGUCUCCGUGGGCAUUGUGAUCCGUCCCAGGCAGUGCCCCAGGGGUAGGAGAGUGAACGGCGGCGGUGGGUGCUGAUGGUGAUGUCUGCUCCCAGGAUUAGGAGGCCAGAAGGAGAUCCCUUCCACGGUGCUAGGCUGAGAUGGAUCCUCUCAGGGCCCAACAGCUGGCUGCGGAGCUGGAGGUGGAGAUGAUGGCCGACAUGUACAACAGAAUGACCAGUGCCUGCCACCGGAAGUGUGUGCCUCCUCACUACAAGGAAGCAGAGCUCUCCAAGGGCGAGUCUGUGUGCCUGGACCGAUGUGUCUCUAAGUACCUGGACAUCCAUGAGCGGAUGGGCAAAAAGUUGACAGAGUUGUCUAUGCAGGAUGAAGAGCUGAUGAAGAGGGUGCAGCAGAGCUCUGGGCCUGCAUGAGGUCCCUGUCGGUAUACACCCUGGGGUGUACCCCACCCCUUCCCACUUUAAUAAAUGUGCUCCCUGUUGGGUGUCAUCUGUGAA